AUGAAGGGUGUGGGGUGGGGAUCGAUACUGCGGGUGAGCGGCCACAUGUGGUUCUUUGUGCUCAUCUUCUUCUCUUUCCCCAUCAUUAUUUCUCCCCAUCAUCCGCCCUACCCCGAGGAGCACCCCAUGCGUCCACCUGGUCGUGCCCUGCCCCAUACGCGUCCUCUCAACCACUCUCUCUUGCCCCAUCUGCGCCCCCCUCAAUUUGCACCGCUCCGCGCUGCCUCUGAGGGCCACCUCAUGCACCCAGCUGGUGCGGGACUCGUGGCGCUACCUCGUCUUCCCCCAGGCCAAGGUGCCUCUGAGGGCCACCCCAUGCACCCAGCUGGUGCGGGACUCGUGGCGCUAUCUCAUCUGCCCGCAGGAAAAGUACUGCUGCCGCUGCUGCUCUGCGGCCAAUGGUACUGCUGCCGCUGCUGCUCUGCGGCCAAUGGGUGUGACGUGGUGCGCCCUGAUUGGCUGGCCAAUGCCACCUAUAUGGGUCGGGACUACGUGGACGACGUGUCUUCCACCAAAUGGAAGCAGCAGGGGUUACAGAACAACUACUACUGGCAUUCAGAGGAGGAUGUUCCCAUGCGAAUUUACAUGGAGCCCGUGGAGCAAAUGACCUUCUCUCAUGCCUCGUUUGAGAAGCCACACCACUUCCCCAAUGCCACCUUCGAUCUACCUUCAGACAUGGACUGCUCACAGCUCUGCUACGGCUUCUGCGCUCUGGUCAGACAAACCACUCUCUAA